UGGCCUCCCCACUUCCGGCGCUGCCUGCGUCUUCUGUGGGGCCUAGCGGGGGUCCGGGCGGCGGCGCGCUCACCGGCCGCUGCUUUGACGCGGUUACGCGCACGCACGCGGGCACGCACGCCCUUUGCCAGAGAACCCGGAAGUGCGAGGGAGAGCUGAGCCACGUGGGUCGAGCUGGAGCUCAGCUCGCAUGGGGGAGUCUAUCCCACUUGCCGCCCCGGUCCCCGUGGAACAGGCAGUGCUGGAGACGUUCUUCUCUCACCUGGGUAUCUUCUCCUACGACAAGGCCAAGGACAAUGUGGAGAAGGAACGAGAGGCCAACAAGAGCGCGGGGGCCAGCUGGCUCUCGCUGCUGGCGGCCUUGGCGCACCUGGCCGCGGCCGAGAAGGUCUAUCACAGCCUCACCUACCUGGGGCAGAAACUAGGAGGUCAGUCUUUCUUCAGUAGGAAGGAUUCCAUCCGUACCAUCUAUACGUCCCUGCAUAAUGAGCUGAAGAAGGUAGUGACAGGUCGAGGAGCCCUAGGUGGGACUGCUCCUCAUGUGGAAGAACUCCUCUCCCACCUGUCAGAGCAGCUCUGCUUCUUUGUUCAGGCUCGGGUGGAGAUCGCAGACUUCUAUGAGAAGAUGUACACCCUCAGCACACAGAAGUUCAUCAAUGCUGAAGAGCUUGUGGGCCUUUUAGACACCAUCCUCAAGAAAUACAGCGCCAGAUUUCACCACCCAAUCCUCAGUCCUUUGGAGAGCAGUUUCCAGCUGGAAGUCGAUGUCUUGAGUCAUCUCCUGAAGGCGCAGGCUCAGGUCUCAGAGUGGAAGUUCCUCCCUUCCCUGGUUAACUUGCACAACGCUCACACCAAGCUGCAGACCUGGGGCCAAAUCUUUGAAAAGCAGCGAGAGACCAAGAAACAUCUGUUUGGAGGACAGUCACAGAAGGCUGUUCAGCCCCCACACCUUUUCCUUUGGCUGAUGAAACUCAAAAACAUGCUCCUGGCCAAGUUUAGCUUUUACUUUCAUGAGGCACUGAGCCGACAAACUACUGCUUCAGAAAUGAAAGCGUUGACUGCAAAAGCUAACCCAGACCUUUUUGGAAAGAUUUCCAGCUUCAUCAGGAAAUACGAUGCUGCCAAUGUGUCCUUAAUUUUUGACAACCGAGGUUCAGAGAGUUUUCAGGGUCAUGGCUAUCAUCACCCCCACUCCUACAGAGAAGCCCCUAAGGGUGUGGACCAGUACCCAGCUGUGGUGUCUCUGCCCAGCGAUAGGCCUGUUAUGCACUGGCCCAAUGUCAUCAUGAUCAUGACAGACCGUACAUCUGACCUGAACAGCUUGGAGAAAGUGGUCCACUUCUAUGAUGACAAAGUUCAGAGCACCUACUUCCUAACCCGCCCAGAACCUCAUUUUACCAUUGUGGUCAUUUUUGAGUCAAAGAAAUCUGAGAGAGACUCCCACUUUAUUUCUUUCCUUAAUGAGCUCUCACUUGCUCUAAAGAAUCCCAAAGUUUUUGCAAAUCUAAAACCUGGAUCUAAAGGUUAGCAGGUGACUUGUGUGAAAGAGUCUCAAGACUAGAAAUUGUUUUUAAUAGAAAUUGUUAUGAUUUACAGUGGUCUGUGAUUAGAAUUUACAUCCACUCAUGCUUUUGUCAUAGCUAAAUUAAAGACAAAUCCUCCCUAAUUGUGUUGCACACUUUAUAAGUAAUUAAGGCCAAUUGAAUUAAAUAUCCAGAGAGUAAUCUAGGAAAUGAUCGUGGGUUGCUGUGUGUAUGCAUGGUAUAGCAAAGUAGUUUUGGUAUUUUCUCCUAUUUUCCUAUAUUUCAUUUAGACUCUAUUUAAUGAUCUUUGAUCUUUCCUUCCAGAUGUUUCUUACUAUUUUAAAUAUUAUGUUUUAAUGCAUUUCCAAAUACCCCUCUCUUUCUUACUUUCCUGGAAGAGUAAUUGGGGUAAGAUAUUAAAUGAGUAUGUUUUCUGUCUUGUAAAAGUAGCCAGUUAACAUGGAGCUUUUAGUUUUAUAAUUCUGAUACACAAAUUAAUAAUAUUUUGAUGCCACAUCAGGUUUUAACAGUUCAAAGACCUUCAUGGCAGCUUUAAUGGCUAAUAGCUUCUUUCAGAAUAAAAGAACUAAUUCAUACGUUUUUACCGUUCUAAGGUUAGAGUUUUUCACUGUCAGCAUAAGCCAUUAUAAGGGUUUCCGCAUUCUUUAGCAUAUAUUUCCCUUAAUUUCUGUUUAUCACCCUCCUGUUAAAAUAUAUGUUCAUGUUUGACUCUACUUCUAGUUAUUUUCAGGCUUAGAAAGCAUGUGGUUUUGGUUUUUCAGUCAUUUUUAGUUUGUCCCACAACAGAACCUACUUUUAUAAAAUCAAAAUGAAGGUCUUUUGAUACCUUGCACUUGCUAAAAAUCAGUUGUGCUUUAAAAAAGAGCUCUUUGUAGUUGAGUAAUCAACUCAGUACCUAUGCACAUUUGAAGUUGGGUUUCAUGUUUGCCCCCUACAAUUAUGCUUAUAAUCAGUGCUCCACCCUAUCCUGCCUUACCUUUUUCCUCUGGUAGGUGUUCAUGGGGAAGUAGAUCAGUGACGGCAUCAUAGUCUGUGAAGACCUUCACUUCUGUCAUUGGUUCAGAGUCACAGUGUCCACAAAGAUAACUGAAUUCUUACUGCCUGAUAGUUCCUUCAAAGCUUGUGUGAAAUGUAAAGGCCAGAUCAGUCUUGUUUUUUAAGAUCCCAUGGAGCUAUUAUUUGGGGGUCCGUAGCAGGCAGGGAGGGGAAUCAACACAGCUGAGACUCAGUAUGGAAGGUCUGCCCACCUCAACGAGACUACCUGGUAGAGAAACGCACUGGCCUCUUUUCUGGAGAGAACAUGUAUCUUCCCUUUCUUUAUUCCUUUCUCUCUUUUUCAUCAUAUUAUUUAUAAAAAGCUAGUUUACUUUAAAUAGAAAGCGUUUACCUCUGCAUUGUAUUCCCUCAAGUUUUAUGAAAAUAUGAAUAUAUUUUACAUUGAUCUAACAUAAAAGCUGAAAACAGUGGCACUAAAGAGUCAAAUGGUUUUUCCUUCCUUUUGUAUUUUGCCAAGAAACUGAAAAAUGUUCCUUGGUGUGCAUGUAUCUUUUUUUUCCUAGGUACACCCACCAUUAGCCUUAAUAAUAGGGUCCCCAUGUACCUAAAAGAAUAUAUGCUUCAGUGAAACACAGAGAGGGAUGUAAAUAAAACAUACAUACAAUACUUAAGCAGUCAAUUAUAUACAUAUUUGAAUUGUAUAUUUAUUUUUAAAUGUAUUUUUAAAAUAAACAAUUUACAAGGGACGGAAGGUAGACGUGACUAUUAAAAUCUAAGAACAUAAAUUCGUAAGUUGCUGCGCAGCUGUCAUAGUCUCUUGAUGGAGUCUAAAGAUUAAAUAUUGAUUCUUUAAUCAUUUCUUAAGCUCUUCAAUACAGUUUUCUAAUUAUAUUAAAAGACAUAUUUUGUUUCAAAACACAAAGUCAUUUUUACUCAAGGUUUAUCCUCUAAGGACAGUAAUGAUAUGAUGUGUAAUGCCCGUGUUUAACUAAUUUGACGAGUAAAUUUGUACAUUAUGUGCAGACUGCCUACUUUGAAAUUUGUUUCUGAACUACAGCCUGAUAGAUGUUUCUGGGUAACUGCGAGUAGCAGUCAACACUGACUUUGCCAGAGUCCUUCAAGGAGUUUGACUUCAGGGUGCUGUUUGGACACAGGAUGAAUGUUUACAAUUUUGUCUUCUCUUCAGUCCAACCUGGGAUCUGAUACGUUAUUUUGGGACUGUGUGAGAAUAAAGCCAAGAAGAAUCAGUACUCUAUAUAGAACUCAUUUGAACAUUUGGACAUAUUGAGGAAGUUUGCUUUUAAGAAAGAAAAUAAUUGAUACUUCUCUGUCCUCCCAGUGGAAUCAUUUAGGUGAUCUUUACAGUAUUUCCAUGCUGAUCUAGUGGCAAGUUAGCCUGAGUUUGUUUUCCCGGUCUGUAAAGUGGGGAUAGAAAAGUAGUUGCCUCCCUUUUCAAAGGCUACUGUAAGGCUGCAGUGAAAUCAUGCAUACAAAAGGGUUUGAAACCUUGCUGGGGUUUGAAAGCUGUAUAAAUAAAAGAUGA